CCCAACUUUUUUCUCUCUCUUCCUUCUUCAUUCUCUCUUCUCCUCCCUCCCCUCUCUCUCUCUCUCUCUCUCUCUCUCUCUCUCUCUCAUCUCUCCCAAAGUUUUGAUCUUUGAUCCAUGGUUUGCCGACCCAGAAACCCAAAUUGAUAGCUUGGCUGAAAUAGGAGAUAAAUUAAGGGAAAAGGGGACGAGAAGCGAAGAAAAGUUUGAGUCUUUGAAUCUCCAAUGCGGUCUCUGAGAAGACCCAGAAGAAGAAGAAGCAGAGAUUCGAGGCGUGGAACUAGAUCUGAAUUCGAUUUAGGCAAUUGGGGUAUUGGGGCUGGUGGGUUUGGAUCUAAUGGUGAGGGCAUGGGUGGCAUUGACAAAAAGCUGGGGUGGUUGUGAUAGGGAUUUGAACAAGAAGAACAAAAAGGAGUUGUUGGGGCUGCAUAGACGACGAUGCAGCUUCACUUCUCGCCGAGCAUGAGAAGCAUAACGAUCUCGAGCAGCAAUGGGUUUAUUGACUUGAUGAAGAUCAAGGUCGCAGCUCGUCACAUCUCUUAUAGAACAGUCUUCCACACCAUUCUAGUCCUCGCUUUCUUGUUGCCCUUUGUCUUCAUUCUCACUGCUGUUGUUACUCUUGAAGGUGUCAACAAGUGCUCCUCAUUUGAUUGUUUAGGUAGGCGCUUGGGACCAAGGCUUCUUGGUAGGGUUGAUGAUUCAGGGAGACUGGUUAGAGACUUUUACAAGAUUCUCAACCAAGUGAACACUGAAGAAAUCCCAGCUGGUCUAAAGCUGCCAAAUUCAUUUAAUAAACUUGUUUCUGAGAUGAAGAACAACCAGUAUGAUGCAAGGACCUUUGCUUUCAUGCUAAGAGCCAUGAUGGAGAAUUUUGAAAAGGAAAUCAGAGAGUCUAAGUUUUCAGAGCUGAUGAACAAACACUUUGCGGCAAGUUCUGUACCCAAAGGCAUCCACUGUCUGUCUUUGCGUUUGACUGAUGAAUAUUCAUCCAAUGCUCAUGCCAGGAAGCAAUUGCCUCCUCCAGAGUUACUUCCAUUACUCUCUGACAACUCUUACCACCACUUUAUCCUAUCAACUGAUAACAUCUUGGCUGCUUCAGUUGUUGUUGCAUCUGCUGUCCAGACAUCUCUCAAACCUGAAAAGAUAGUCUUCCAUGUCAUUACUGACAAGAAAACUUACGCUGGCAUGCACUCAUGGUUUGCACUAAACCCUGUCUCCCCUGCUAUUGUUGAAGUGAAAGGUGUCCACCAGUUUGAUUGGUUAACAAGAGAAAAUGUUCCAGUCCUUGAAGCUGUUGAAAAUCAAAAUGGGAUCAGGGAUUAUUACCAUGGGAAUCAUCUUGCUGGGGCCAAUCUCAGUGCUACAACUCCACGAACUUUCGCAUCAAAAUUGCAGGCUAGAAGUCCCAAAUACAUAUCCUUACUCAACCAUCUUCGCAUAUAUUUACCUGAGCUCUUCCCGAAUCUUGACAAGGUGGUUUUCCUAGAUGAUGAUGUUGUGAUUCAGCGAGAUUUAUCGCCACUUUGGGACAUUGACCUUGGGGGAAAGGUCAAUGGAGCUGUUGAAACUUGUAAAGGUGAAGAUGAGUGGGUAAUGUCCAAGCGAUUCAGGAACUACUUCAAUUUUUCCCAUCCCCUCGUAGCAAAGAAUUUGGACCCUGAAGAAUGUGCAUGGGCUUAUGGGAUGAAUAUCUUUGAUCUUAGUGCCUGGAGAAAGACAAAUAUAAGAGAGACUUAUCAUUCCUGGCUGAAAGAGAAUCUGAAGUCAAACCUCACGAUAUGGAAGCUUGGAACCCUACCACCAGCUUUAAUUGCAUUUAGAGGUCAUGUUCACUCAAUUGAUCCAUCAUGGCACAUGCUUGGAUUGGGUUAUCAAAAUAACACCAAUAUUGAAAAGGUUGAGAAGGCUGCAGUUAUCCACUAUAAUGGUCAGUCAAAACCCUGGUUGCAGAUUGGCUUUGAUCAUCUUCGGCCAUUCUGGACCAAAUACGUCAAUUACUCCAAUGAUUUUGUUAGGAACUGCCACAUCUUGGAGUCAUAGUUGAGCAUCUGGAGAAGCUUAAAAACAGGAGAGAUAUGACCGGAAAUGAUGCCGUUGAUACAGAAUUCAUGAAGUUUUUUGCAGCUCGAAGAUUUUCGAGAUCUAUUUGAGAAGACAAACAGAAAAUUCACUUAUAGGUAAAACUUCCCAGUUCCAGAAUCACUAUCAUACCUUCAAUUCUGCAGACAAUGACCAGCAUCGAUCUCACUGCAUGAGAUUCAUUCUUUCGUUCUGUAACAUAGCAAUCUGCCCGCAUUUUUUGGUUGGAAGGAUAGUAUUAUUGGUCUUCCUGGAAAGGGGGUUUUGCUUGAUUUCUUAUCACAUAUAUCAGAAUAAAGUGAAAUUCAGAAGAUCAAGCGUCUAUUCAUACCAUCAUACGGUUGGUGUAGGGAAGAGAAAGACUAGGACAGGUCUUCUGUGAGGCUCUCUCCCAUUAGCCCAGAUAUGUUUUUCACUUUCAAUUUUUUUUUUUUUACCAAAUCUUUUGCUGCCUUCAUUUUUGUUAGGACCCAUUUCCUCCCUCUUUAUUUGAUAUCAUGAUGUUGAACUUAGGAGUAGGUCAUGGAGAUUGCUCUGUUACAGUUCCCAUUGAAUUGGGGAGCUAUUUUUAGGUCAUAUAUCAGUAUUUGUUUAUGUACUGUUCACAAGAGACAUUUAAAUGUGCAGAUAAAUUCUUUUUCCCAGAUUCUUA